AAUGUUAAAUAUUAAUGAUUGCGCCCUGUUGUCUAUGUCAAAAAAAGGUCACGAUACUUUUUGUACUGUACCGUCAUGUUAUUUAUUUUGCCAAUUUUCUAUACCUACGUAGGUCUUAAAUAUUUUUUGACAGAACGAACUGCGAUGUAUCACGAAUAUUUGCGAUAUGAGCCUUCGUAACGUCAUCGACAAAAUAUAUCAGAAUUUGUUAGAAAUUGAUGAUUAAUUUAUGUCCAGUUUUUACAAAUGUUGACGAUGACGGUAAGAAAAUGUUCUCACGAAUAUUCAGUCUAGGACCUCAGAUAGUCUUGUUUGUUUGGAGAAGACAUGAAGUUUCAUAAUAAUGGCAUUAUGAGUGACAACAAGAUAUACCCUUGUCUUUUAUAAUAUUAUCGGUUUUGUUACUGUUACUUCAAAUAGUUUAAGAUAUAGAUAGAACUUCUAGAAUUAUUACUCGGGGAGCAUUGUUCACUUUGCAGAUUUGGUUAUAAUACUUUAUCCUAUUUAUGGCACAUAUUCUUUGGAUGCUGAUUAAAAGUUUUGCUUGUUUUCUUUGUUAACCAAUUUCGACUUUCCCACAACAAACUUGCUAAUGCUACUAUAACUCUUAUGAAUAAACAUUCCUUUUAAUAUACCACAGAAAAAAAAAAUGAUCAUGGGAAUUUAAACUUAACAGCCAAAGACAUUACAUAGAGGAUACUCUGCUGAUUUUGACAUGAUUGACCAAUAACAAAUACAUUUUUCUUUGUCCUAAUUCUAUUGGUAUGUACAUUACAUCUACCAAUUGCAUUUAAUAUAAAUUGAAUGGCAUAAAUUGGACAAAUUCUAGAAUGUAAUAAGGUCAUACUCGGCUAGUUAUUGUAAUAUAUUGGCAUAAACACAUUUUAGUUGUACAAUACUUAUCAAUAGUGACACACAUCCUGAUUUCUUUAUCAAAUCUAGGACAGGCUAGUCCCACACUAAUGGGAAAUAUUCCGCUAUUGUCCUACUUUACAAACAUUUUUCUAAGAAUCACUAAUUAAUUAUUUUGUUUCAAUCUGUGAAAAUAUCUUUGCUUACUUGGACUCCCUUUGAGUGCCCAUAACAUUUUGUGUUAUUAAUUAUAUUUAGUUAAUUAUAUAUUAUUUGUGUUAUUAAAUUACUCAAAACAAAUAUUGAGUACCUAACCUAAGUAUAUUUGUUAACAACAAUUUAAAAAAAAGAAAUAAUUACCAGUUUUUAAUGUAAAUUAAUUUAUAUGAUGAACCAUAAUGGCAUAUCACCUGUACCUUUGCUAAAGAGAUCUAGUUUAUUUGGUAGUGUGUCGUAAGAUAGGAGCAAGAUUAAAUAAAGAUGACAAAUAGAAUAGUGUGGUAAUGUUGAUUCUAAAUAGAACAUCUAGCGACGCACAUCAAUUUAUAUUUCUCAAUGAAAUAUAUUAUUGCGUUUAAUAACUGUGGCAUUGACCGAUGUUCUGAUUACUAAUACACUUUGCAACUACAUUUCAACGCAUUUGUUUACGUGCAUUCAUAUAACCCGCCAUUGUGGAGAACAUUUGUCAAUGUCACUGUGAAGUUUUGACUGAAAGUAAAUAAAUCGUGUUGUUUUGGAUGAAUUACAAAUUAAAUUUUAAAUUAAACAAAAUAAAAAAGUUUCGUGCUUCGUUCAUUAAAUAUUGGCACUCACUGAUUUUAUGAAAAGACAAUGUCGCAGAUUUCACAAUUAAGUUUGGCUCCGGAACUAACCUGCAGACCUUUAGAUACAUACGACGAGAUUCUGGAAUUCUUAAAAGAUCCUCCUUCAUGGAGAACCCUAUGUACAGAGCUAAAGCCUCAUAGCCAACAAGCUAUUAGAAACGUAGACAUCAAUAAAGAUUUCGGAAAAACAUUUUUGGAAACCCCGCAAACUUUCUGUCAUUAUAUGACGGAUACGGAAGACUUAGCUGAACGUCAAAAUAUUAAAAAGUUACCAAAAACUUUGGUAUGUCACGAUAUGGCAAACGGAUAUCAUGAUGACUGCGUGGUGGACGGUACAAAUGACCAUGAGGCGUACACAUUUUACAACUGGGGCGGGAUUGAUAUUUUCUGCUACUUCAGCCACCACCUGGUAACCAUACCUCCACUGGGAUGGAUCAAUAUUGGUCACGCACACGGUGUUCAAGUUAUUGGAACAAUUAUAACAGAAUGGAGCGAAGGGUCGGCUUUUUGGGAAAAUAUUUUGUCUUCAGAAGACAAAAUGGAAGAAUUUGCCGACGCUUUAGUCUACAUCGCGAAAACGCUCAGUUUUGAUGGCUGGCUACUGAACGUCGAAAACAAGGUGUCGCGACCGCGCGAACUGGUGUCGUUCGUGCGGCUGCUGCAUGGGAAGCUGCGCGCCGCGCUGCCGCACCCGCUGCUGCUCUGGUACGACAGCGUCACCGUCGCCGGACACCUCAACUGGCAGAACUGUCUUAAUGAAAAGAACAGGGCAUUCUUCGACGCUUGCGAUGGAAUCUUCACAAACUACUCGUGGUCUGAGCACGAGGUGCGCGCGAGCGCGGUGGCAGCAGGCGACCGCCUCACCGACGUCUACGUGGGGAUCGACGUCUGGGGACGCAACUUCUACGGCGGUGGCCAGUUCAAUACGCAGGAGGCGGUGAAGGUGGCGCACAGCCACGGGUGCUCGCUGGCGGUGUUCGCGCCGGCGUGGACGCACGAGGCGCGCUCGGACGCGUCCUGCGACGUGGACAUGUUCACGCCCAAGGUCAACACGUACGAGCAGUUCCUGCUGCGCGAACGCGCGCUGUGGGGCAGCCUGUGGCCCUACCUCAACACCAAGCUGCCCUGCGCGCUGCCCUUCGCCUCCUCCUUCUGCCGCGGUCAGGGCGACAAGCGCCGCUUCUAUGGAGAAGUAAUAAGUCCCGGGCCGUGGUACAACUUGCGGCACAUGCAGUACCAGCCCAACUCGUCGCACGGCCCGCACGGCUACCUGCUCUCCGUGCUCGAGAACAUCAUCAAUGCCUCUCGGCACGGCUUCUUCAAGGACAAGGCGGAGAUGACGCGCUGCAGGCGCUCCCUCGAGCUCACCAGGAGUGGAUUGUCCAUAAAAGAUAACAAAAAACCUUCCGUUGAAGCUCGCAGCGUGUCGCAACUCUCCGUAGUAAAAGAAACUAAAUCGGAGACUGCCGGCGAAGAGGACAACACCAUCCCCGUCGAAGAAAAAGAUGAGAAGACCGAAAACGAAGAAAAGUCUACGAAGUCGCGUAAAGUGACCGACGCUUUCCGAAAUUUGUUCAAGAUAGCUCCGUCCAAGGAGCCGGUGGAGCAGCCCGAGCCCAGCGCCGCGGCCGCAGCCGGCGCGGAGCCCGACACCGACGCCGAGGCAUCCGACAGCUCCAUGAUUCAGACCUCCUUGAACAUACGCCUCGGUCAGAACCCGAAGAAGAUUCGCCUCGCCCUGGCCCCCGUGCCCAACGAGCUGGAGUGCCUGCAGCCUUACUUUAAGGAUAGUUUCAUCGGCGGCUCGUGUCUCAAACUGAAUCCCUCGGACAAGGUGGACCCGGCACACCGGUGCGCCAGGCUGCUGCACUGCGACUUUCCCAUCGACGGCGACUUGGUCGCGUGCGUCGUUACUAAAAAUUUGCGGACUCAUCCGGAUCAAUAUCUGAACGUGGUCCUGCGCGUGCUGUCCGCCACCGGCGCUCAGAUGAGGAUCGUAUUAUUCGGAGGCACCGUUUCCCAGGGCGAGGGCCCGCCGGCGAGCGGCUCCUCCGUCACCUACGUCUUGCCCUUCAACUCCGACCCCGCCUUCGAGGACAUUCAGAAGUAUAUGAUGCUCAACGAGCCGGGAUUCUACAUCCCCGUGGAGAAUCAUUUCGGUUGGAACGUUAGAUACUACCUGGUGAGCGGCGUGCGAGACGUGCGGGGCGCGCGCGUGGCCGGCGUGGACUGCCGCACGGGCCGCCCCGAGGGACCCGUACUGCUCGGACACUUCGGACUCUGCCAACACUCUAACGUGGCGUAAUCAGAAGAAGCUAUAUCUCGUAGCCAAAUAUUUAUAUUCCAUGUUGGUACUAUGUAUAUUGUACUAGGUAAAAUUGUUUU